GAAAACUCCAACUACCACAAUGCAUCACUGACAACCGGAAGAGGAAGGCGUGCACGUGGACCUACAUAACAAUUGUGAAUAAAAGAGGGAAGGAGCUAUUCGCGGACACGCUGUUUAUUCAGAAUGUGUUAGCGAUGUCGUGCUGAUGUACCCGACUCCUCUGUACUCCCAUGCUGGUCAUGGGCCUUUCUCGGAGGUAUAUGAGCCAGCAGAAGACUCUUUCCUCUUGAUUGAUGCGUUGGAGAAGGAUGCUGAAUUGCUGCAGCGAAGCAAGCCUGCUGUCUGCCUCGAGGUUGGCAGUGGCUCGGGUGUGGUCUCUGCUUUCCUGGCAUCAUUAACUGGAGCUGAAGCGUUGUAUCUCUGCACUGACUUGAACCCGGCAGCGGCUCAGUGCACAGCGGAGACGUCUCGCUGUAAUAACCUCCACCUGCAGCCUGUUAUAACUGACUUGACUGAGUGUCUGUUACCCAGACUGAAUGGACUGGUGGAUGUUCUUCUUUUCAACCCUCCAUAUGUAGUCACCCCAUCUGAGGAGGUGGGCAGUCAUGGCAUUGAGGCAUCCUGGGCAGGAGGAAAGAAAGGCAGGGAGGUGAUGGACAGAUUCUUCCCCAUGAUUUCACAGCUAUUAUCCGAGCGGGGCCUGUUCUACCUGGUCACAGUGUCCGAUAACAAUCCAGAGGAGAUUCUGUCUCUGCUCGCUGAAUCCGGGUUAAGAGGAGAGGUGCGUCUGUCUCGUCAGGCAGGAAGAGAAAAGCUGUCCAUCCUGCGCUUCAGCAAGAGUGACAUCACGGGACUGUGAAAGCUGAAGGCACACUUACACUGUGACUGAAAUCCUCUGUGUAUUCCAGCAGCAGAGCAAAGUGACUGAAGUGGGAGUCAAAAUUAGUGUCUGACUUCCAGUUAUCUCAAAAAUACAAUUACACAGAUGUCUUGUCCUUCUUUACACUUCCCAAUGGCCUUUAUCUUGUCAGGCUGCAGUGUUGGUGAAGUGUGACCUUAAAGAACUUUUUGAAGUUUUAACAGCUCACCUGUAAGGGAUAAAGAGUUAAGUAAUGAUG